AUGAAGGGCAGCUGCUGGUCCCCUGGUGUUCGAACCCUGGGUGGACAGAGGGGUAUCAGCAAAGAGAAGAACAUGGCCAGUGGGAAUGGGCUCCCUUCUGCCUCUGCCCUGGUGGCCAAGCGCCCCUCCGCCCUGGGCCCAUUCCCCAGAUACAUCUGGAUUCACCAGGAUACCCCCCAAGAUAGUUUAGAUAAGACUUGCCAUGAAAUCUGGAAGAGAGUUCAAGGCCUGCCAGAGGCCUUGCACUCUAGGACAUCCAAGGAGCAGCUCCCUGGGCCGCUGCUGAGUAACAGCAGUCUCAGCUUUCAAGAAGAAGCUCUGGACUUCAGUAGCUGCAAAGAUGAGAUCUCCCUAUUGGUGGAGCAGGAGUUCUUGAACCUCACCAAGGAGCAUGUCUUCCUUGUCACAGAGAGCCCAGGGACAUUGGAAGGACCUCACAAGUCUCCAGAGAGCCCCAGAACCUUGCCCCCCUGCCUUCUUAAACCCCCCUUGAUGGCAGGCAGCAGCGAGCACCCAGGAGCCUCUCCCAGUGACAAACUUCUGGAGCCAAAGAUGACCAUGUCCCUUCUUGGUGGCCGGCAAGACUAUGAUUCUGCCAUGUCUACAGUCACAGGCAUCCUACGUGCUGCCAAGGUCAAGAGUGCUAAGGGGUCUGAGGUAGGAAGUCGUAGCCUAAGCACCACCAACUCCGAGAUCAGCAAGCUCCUGGCUCAGUUCCCUCUGAAGUCCACAGAAACAAGCAAGACCCCUGAUAACAAGAUGGUGCGGAAGGAAACAAAGGUUAUCAAGGAUUUCCUGCAGAACAGCAUGUUCAAUGGCCCUGGACCCAAGGAACCUGCUGGGCUGGGCCCCUUCUUGUUGUUACCACCCCCACCUCCUCCCUCAUCCCCAGAGAAGCCGUUUGAUACCUCUGCUCAGAAGAGGCAGCUACCAGUGUUUGCCAAAAUCUGUUCCAAACCCGAGGCUGACUCCCCCAUGGAGGGGCACAGCUUGAUGGAACGAAACCCUGGUGCCAAGGAACCCACCAAAAAUAGAGAGAGCCUCUUUUUCAGUCAGUGGCCCCAGGGCCGGAAGGACACUCGUGAUGAGGAGGCAUGCAGUGAGCCAGUGGGCUCUGCGUCCACAGCCCAAGCAGCCAAGAAGCCUGCAUGGCCAGCUGAGAAGAACCUGUUAUAUGAAUUCUUGGGGGCCACCAAGAACCAGAGUGGGCAGCUGAAGCUUCGAAGCAAAGUGGAUGUGGAAGGAUUGGAACUGAAAUGUAACCCUCCUGUGACAGCUGCAGACAAGAACAACUUCAAAUUCUCAGGAAAUAUGUUCCCCCCGCGCUUUGCUCCCACCUUGACCUCGGCAACCCUCAAUCAGCCGCUCUGGCUCAACCUCAACUAUCCUCCUCCACCCAUGUUCACCAAUCACUCCACCUUCCCGCAGUAUCAGGGUCUGUACCCUCAGCGGGCAGCAAGGAUGCCUUAUCAGCAGCCCCUGCACCCCCAACUGGGCUGCUACUCCCGACAGGUGACACCCUACAAUACUCAGCAGACAGGACAGCAGAUUUUCCGUUCUUCUUACACUCCACUGCUGAGUUACAUACCCUUUGUGCAGCCCAACUAUCCAUACCCUCAAAGGACACCGCCCAAGCUGCCGACCAAUCCACGCGACCCUUCCCCUAUGGCAGGUGAUGGGCCACAGUUCCUCUUCCCCCAGGCCUAUGGGUUCGGUUCAACAUCCAGUGGACCCCUGAUGAACAGCCCCUACUUUCCCUCCAGUGGAAAUGGCAUUAAUUUUUAAAUCUACUACUCUUUUCUUUCCUUCUACCUUAGCCCUUGGAUCAAGGCUAAGGGCUUUGGAAUUCUGAAUUCUGCGACAGCUUGGUUUGAAGUUUGGAAAGCCAAGGUUCCAACCAGGUCACAGAAAGAAAACAGCAAGACCAGUCUCAUGUAUUAACCAACACUCAGACACAUACAGUUCCCCCCCUCACACACAGCCCUGCUUAUACAAAUGUGCACACAUACACCCACCCACCCACACACACA